CUCCCGAAAAUAGUGUGAUUUAAAAUAUUACAAAUAUAUUCAAAAGGAGUUUGUUAUCAUCUUUUAUAUGGGAAUAAUGGCAACUCGAAAUAUGCCAUUGAAAGAUACAAUUCAAGAAUUAAAGAAUACCGAAUGGCCAAUUGAUGAUUUUUUGGAAGAGCGUCAAAAAUUUAAAUCUGGAGUAGAUAUUGAAAGAGGAAAUAAACCUCUUUUACUUCCAAUAGAUGCUGAAUUAUUUUCUGACGAUGAAGAGGGGGAAUCGCACAUUACGAAACAUUCCAUAAUCAAGGAAAUGAUAGAUACAGAGAACAUUCAGUGCGAAUAUCGUGAUAGAUCUCCAUCACAAACCCAAGAAACGAAUGAAAAUUUUGAAAUAAUGGAAGUUAAAGUAAUAGAAGUAAUUAAUAAUGAAAUUGAUGAUUUCCAAGAGGAAUCUUCCGAUGAUUUACCUUAUAUAGAAACGUAUCCUCGAAAUAGUUUUUGUCGGGAAAAAACAUUUAUUGGUUCCAAAACACCAUCAGGAAAAACAAACUAUUUUGAAAGUAAUUCUGGGAAAAUUGAAUAUAAUGAGACAUAUCCUCUGAAAUGUAUCGAAUUACUUUGUCAAGAACCAGAUUUUUUCGAAACUGAAAACGAGAAACAGGUACAUCUUUUUGAGCUAUCUGAGAUAAAACCAAAUAAACAAAUUGAACCUCAAAUAAUUGAAGAUGUCAACUCAAAAUUAAAAAAAUGCACGAAACAAACCGCAAUCAUUUCAAGAAAUGAUGAAAUUGAUGAGCAUAACAGUGAUAAAAAAUCUCCUGUUUCUUUACUCACUGAUGAAAUUUUGAUUGGAGACGAAACUGCUUGUUUAGAAAAUGUAGAAAAUAUUCGAAAUAAGUUGAAGCUCCAAAUAAGUUCUCUCAGAGCAAGAAGAAAAGGACCAUUUAUACAACUACAAACAAAAAUUGUUAACUGUUCUGAGUACAAUAAGAAGCUAUUAAACGAUAUGGAGAAAUCCGGCAAUGAAAGAGUUAAUAGUUCAAGAGAGUUGAUGAAAGAAAAUCAUCUCUUUACACAAACUAACGAGUUGGGAUUUAUUAUAUCAGAUAUUCAAGGUGGUGUGAAGUUUGACAAAAAAGACAAUGAUGCAAUCAUCAACAAGCUAGAAGACAAAAAUGCAAUUCCUAGUAGCAACAAUAUAGAGGACGAUCAGCUCGUUGUUUUUGAUCAAAUUGGAAAACUCACGUAUAAAGAGGAAUCUUCGUUCACUCUGAAUGAUGACAAAUUGAAAACAAAGUUGGAAAAUUCUAAGGUACGUUCACAUGUAAAGAGAAAAGAUGACACCAAAAUUGCGCCAUUUAUUGACAGUUCUCAACUUUCAUUCCAAAAUGAAAAUAGCGUACUUGAGAAUAAAUCUCCAUUUGUUAGUGACACUUUAGAUGAGUUUUUGAUAGAAAAUUUCAAAUUGAACAUAAGUUAUAAGGUUCAUGGAUAUGAUGUUGAAGAAGGAUUGAAAGAAAAUUUCCUAGAUGAUGGUCCUCUUCCAUUAAAGCAGGUUUGUAAACUUAGAACAAUUUCUGAUGAAAAACCUAGAAAACUCAGAUCACUAAAAGCCAAAACUGUUGCCCAAAAAAGAAAACUUUUGGAGAAAGAAAAAAUGCGAGAACUGAAAAAACCAGAAAAGUUGAAAAAGACUAAUUCGUCAGCGAAGAAAGAGAAGUCUGUCACAUUGAAAAAAGAACAAUUAUAUAAUCAAAGUUUCGUACUUUUCAAUAAUGAAAAAUUGAGGGUAAAGAGUAGGUUGAAUGAUGAAUGCAUUGCAAAAAUUGAAUGUAGAAAUUUGAUGGAGGGGAAAAAUGACAAUGAAUUGAAAUACCACAACGAACAAGAAAAAAAUAUCGUUAGAAAACAAAAGUCAACCUCUGUGUGUCUUGCAGAUAGCUGUUCUGCCAAUGAGAAUGAAAGUUCCAGAGAUACUGUUGCAACUGUUAUCGAUGACUUGAUUAGAUAUGUUGAAAUUAGGGAAAUUGCUCCGUCACUUAUAAAGGAUGAUGAAUCUCGAACAAAGAAUGAAGGGAGGUUGAUUGAAAAAUUAACACCUAUUAUUGACAGUAAUGUGAGUAUUUCAAAAAAGCCACGUAUAAAGAAAUCCAAAGGUGAAAACGAGUUAUUGAGACUCAACUGUAAAGUAGUGAAUGUUGAGCUAGAAGAAAACCAAUCAGAAAGAAAAUGUGAAAAGCCUCACUGUCAUAUGGGGUGUGUAUGUGGAAGUUUGAAUGGUGGAAAUAUAUUCAUUCAUCAUUGUCAAUUGGUUCAGUGUAUGUUUAAUUGUACUUGUCCAAAAGAAAACGAUUUUAUGAAUGAAAAUGCUCUCACAUCUCCAGCUGGUACAUUAUUAUCACCCGAUACUCUGAAUUGUAUUGAAAAUAUAGCGAAAAAAAAGUUGGCUAGAGUAGAGCGACAAUUUACUCAAACUGUUAUUAAAAUGAAAAAUGAAACAAUAGUUGUUGGCUCAGGUAGAAGAAGUAAAUUGAGAAGAAAUACAAAGACUCCUGUUAUAUAUUCUGAUAAAGUAAAUAGUGAUUCUGACAUUUUCUUUACUCAACUACCGGGAAGUAACUUUUCAGAAAAAUGUACAGUGAGUUUGCCAAAACUGAAUUUAUCUCAGAUAAUACCAUAUUGUUUAACUCAUAAUCAGUACGAUUGUUACUGUCAAGGAACUUCCCUUUCCAUUCCAAAUAUGUCUAUGAAGGAUGAUAUACUUUCGAAAGACGGGAGUGAUGAUCACUUGAAAAUUUUCGAAAAAUUCACUGAAGAAAUAAAUGACAAAGAACAAAAAAAAAUUGGGUCAGUAAAAGAAGUAUCUGCAGUUACUGCAAAACAACAUUUGAAAAAAUGUAGAGGUAAUAGAAGGAAAAAAUGUGAAAUAGGACCUAAUCAUGCAGAGAGAAAAAUUAAAAAAGUAUCCAAAAUUUCCAACGAGAUGAAAAAUUUCAGCCCCAAUGACUGUUCUCAUAACAUAAGGGGUAGUAUUAAUUCUCAUGUAGAAUCAAAAAAUACUUUAUCUGGCUCCAAGAAGCCAGUGAGAAAUAAAAGAAAAAAAGAGUAUGAUAAGAAUAAUAAGGAAAAAAUGCCCCGUAAGGAAGAAUUAGAUGGGUGUGCAAGGACAAGAGCAUUACCAUGGAAGUGCCCAAAAACUAAAACUAAUAGUUUGAAUGAACAGAAUAAUGAAUUAUGUUCCAAUGCCAAAAAGUUUGAUGUAUGUAAGACAAAAAUUCAAUAUGCUAUUGAAGAUCUGAAAAUGCUUGAGGAGGCUAUUUUGAACAGAAUUUCUAUAGAGCAACGUAUGCGAAAUGUAUUGGUUGAUAAGAUCGCAAGAAAACGUAAACAGCUGCUUAGAGAAUGCAGAGAGGAUAACACUAUUACAUCUACAUCAUUGGCCCCCUUUAAUGAAAAUGGAGUUAUUCAAUGCAGAAAGUUGUCUUUAGUUUCAUCAGGAAUUGUAAAUGUGAAGUCAGUAUUCAAUGGUGAAAUUAUUGCUGAUAGAAACCGUUUAGGGUUAUUGACAAAAAUAGGACCAAAAACUGUUAAAUCUGGAUCUGCACGAUUGUUGCCAUGGAAAGUUCUCAUUGAAAGUUUUACAACUGGCAAAAUAAAUAUCUGGAGUAUGAUGAAUCGACCGAAAAGUCUCUACAUUGGCAACAGUAACAAGAGAGCUCCGAAAAAUUAUGUUAAUAUUAAAACAUUGAAAAAAACUGCAGCUGAACAAACAACAGAUGAACGAACCGAGGAUGUGAUUUCAUGGAUUUUGAAUGGAAGACUUCCUGAGUGUUAUCAACCAGAUAACUUUUUGUUCAUUUUACAAGAGACCAAAAAAUAUUACGAAAUAUGUGGUGUUUGCACUAGAAAUAUUUCUAGUAGAGGAAUGGAAGAGGAAAAAAAAAUUGAUAAUCCAAAAGAUGAAAUUUUCAUACAUAGGAACAUAAAUGGUAAUUAUCAACUUCUGAAUAUUUUCAAAAAAAAUUACCAGCUCCAAGAACUAGUUGAAGAAUCGACAGGGCAUUUGGGAGGGAUGUCGGAUGGUAAGGAUAAGUUAUAUAUGUGGGCUGCUUUACCCAAAAUCAACCCUCUUUGUAAGUGGCGUAUGAUUCACCUGAAUUCCGACUUCAUGUACCUUUACUUGGUUAGUGUAGGCUAUUCAAUAAACUAUACAGAUUUGAAAAGGAUAGGAGAAAUUGCUGAAAAUAACAAAUGCACUGUGAAAGGAACUAUUGGUACUUUGAAAAGGGGAUAUGAUCAUGUUGAAUUUGGUAUAUAUUUUGACCCAAGUUAUGUUGAUAAAAUUUUCAUUGGUCCCUACUUUAAACAUUAUACAGGCAAUGAUGUUGCGUUUGUGAAUAUGGAUCAUAUAUCGGCAGAACAUUUUAAUGGGAAGAAAGAAUACAAAUGUGGACAUUGGUUGAUUGAACCGCCUAACUCAAAAAAGGGACAUCCAAUAAAAAAGUCGAUUAUUGAAAUUAUGGACCUUACCAAAAAGGAUGGCAGAAAUGAUAUUGCAUCAAAAGUACUGAAUUAUUGGAAGAAACAUACAUCCGUAGAAAUUUUGCCACAUAAGGUCAUUAUGUAUAAUAGGGAACAAAUAUUAAUACUUAAUGCUCCUCUCAAAAAACCAGAAGAAUUUAAUUUGUACAUAACGAGCAAUAUUCCACAUUUUGGGUAUCUAGGAGCAUACAGACAUUUUUCUGGAGAAAUUGAUGUUUCCUGGCCAUCCGAAGAGAAGUUAUUGAGAUUUUCUAAUAUUGCAGUAGUCAUUGAUUUUUUGCAAGACCUAUUUUCUGCUUUACUACAACCAGUCCCAGAGACAUUCAAGAUUAAUAUAAAAAUUGAAACUGAAGUUGAUUUCGAAAAUACCCAUUCCAUUGACGCUACUGUUUUAAGAGGAUAUUAUAUAUGUGGAGAUUUUGGAUUCGAAAAUAUAAUCACAAUGACAAAUGAAGAUUGUUUGAAAAAAACUGGAAAACCAAAAGCAGAAAUAUUGAGCAUGGUUUCUAAAAGAACAAAUCUAUUAAUGAGAAAACGGUUAGAAAACUUGGCAUCUUUACUGAAUAUGUGCGGAGACAGUGGACAUGAUAUUUGAAGAAUUUUGAAUACGGCCACAGGUUCAUACAGUGGACAAUUAAAUAGAGAAGAAAAAUUUUGCUUUGAAAAAUCAAUUGGUGGUUAGGAACUGACUCUUGAUUUGUGUGUGUGUUCAACAACACGUAAUCCACAGAAAUACAGUAUUCUUAUGAAAAGGAAAGCCAAGAUACCAAAGCAAAUGAGGUUAUAUAAAUUCGAUAUUUCAUCAGCGUUCAAUCAAUUAUAAAUGUUAUUUGAACUUCUUCUCUGCUGGUUCCUGCCUUCCUUUGAUUUUUUUAAUCCUUAUAUUCUUGAUAAAAACUAGAAAGUGUUUGUUUUGUAGGAGAAACUUUAGCGAAGCUGAUUGAGUCAUUAGACAGCAAAGGCUGAACAAAUGAGUGAUAUGGUAUAUUGAUUGACUACUGACAUUGUAACAUGAUUUUUACAUUUUACUUGUGUUUUCAUUCAAUAUGAAAUUGAUUUUAUUUAAUUACUAAGUGUACGUUUUUUUUCA